AGCCACACAUUUGGAUAACUGCAACGCAACUUCCACGUCCUCUCUUGCAUUGCUUGCUGAGAAGCAAUUAGAAAUUAGAAUAGAUGAUUAUCGAUCGGUUCCGCCCAAACGUAACGCCAAAGACAACUCAACUCCCAAAUAAACCGUAAAACCGAUCAUCAAAAUGUUAACACUUUUAAUUUUGUUUUGUCAGAAGUAGAAGAUUUCCAUUUCUCGAAGAUGAAGUUCCCUGAAAUCAAUGAACAAUUCCCAAUUGCUCCAACUGUCGAAACAAUUCCAAACGCUUCAUACUAUAUCCAACGGCAAAGAUCAGUUCUCGAAUUUUUAGAAUUUUCCUAAACAAGAAGCCUUAAUUGGUGGUUGAAUAAUGCAAAAUUCCCUGAAUUCCUUUAAGGGAAAAACGAAAGCAAAAAAUAUGGAAAUCAAUUCCUGAGCUUGGUAUGGAGUAAGCAAUCAGAGAUGGAUGGUCGGCCGCCAGAGAGUAGCCUCAGAAGGGAUGCCGAACUUAUACAGCACGAGAACGACAACACCAGCCAACAAUCCACUAGGACCCAACAAUGUCGAAACAGGCGAAGCGAUGGACUGAUGAAGGACGUUUGGCUUGAAAGGCUUAACCCAAGUGGGACUUAUCGUCAGCAGUUCUCCUGCUCCAGAGUUUUCUUCGUGUCUGUGGACCAAAAUCUCUAAGCUUACAAAGACCCACUUCAUUAAAACCCAAAAUAAUGAAAAGAUUCUUUUUUUUCUUUUGAUAGAUGAGAAAUGGAAUUGAAUUUAAGAGGAUAACCAUCAACCCAUAGCAGUAUUGGUACCAGUUCCCUAGCUCGUCUUGCGCGUUCUCAGGGAGUAUGAAAUCGGCGGAAACUUGAAGGGGAAAGAGCCAGUGGUGGUGGUCAACUGAAGACGGCGGUAGGAGCUUGAUGGGUCCAUUUUCUGUUGGAAUUUUUGUUGUAUCGUUGCUGCAAUGGUGGUGGUGGCGGAGGGCUUCAAUUGGGUUUGGGGAUAGCGCACGAGAACAAAAAGUUUCAUCAUGGACUGCAAUUCAAGGUACCCAUUGCUUGCACGUCUUCCACCUGUUCGGCUGUUCCUCCCACUCAAACUCAGAUGAGAGAUAAGUAAAGCUUUUCUUUAUCCCAAAUACGUGGAGUCUCCCAAACUGUAGAUAACUAACUCCAGAGAAACAAUGAAGUUUGCGAAGGAAGACCUAGACAUGUUCCUGGUUCCAACUGGAUUGUGGAUCAUGUUUGGUUACCAUCUCUUCCUCCUCUAUAGAAUCCUGAGAUAUCCUGAAACCACUGUCGUUGGCUAUGAAAACCACAAUAGGAUUGCUUGGGUUGAGAGAGUGAUGCAGGGCGACUCAAGCGACCUGGGGUCAGCUCUGACAGUGAUCUCAAGCAACACAGCAGCAGCAACCUUUUUGUGUUCAAUUUGUAUCAGUCUGAGCUCCCUGAUUGGAACAUGGGUUGCAAGUUCUUCGGACAACAUCCUUGUGAGCAGCCUAAUUUAUGGAGACACAAGCCAGACAACAAUCUCCAUCAAGUACAUCAGCCUCCUCUCAUUUUUCCUCGUCGGCUUUGUAUCGUUCGUUCAGUCUGCAAGGUACUUCGUCCAUGCCAACUUCCUGAUAAGCACACCGAAUACCAACAUACCCAUAAAAUAUGUGCAAUUGGCUGUGAUAAGGGGAAGUAAUUUCUGGUCGCUUGGGCUUCGAGCACUCUACUUUGCUAUUACUUUGUUGCUCUGGAUUUUUGGUCCAAUCCCAAUGUUUGCUUCAUCAGUGAUCAUGGUGAUAUUCCUGCAUAUUGUUGACACAAAUCCCCACCCACUGCAUCAGUAUAGCAUGCAGAGACGUCCGUUAAAAAAGCUAAGCCAGGACCAUGACCUCAUCAAUGGGAGUUAGGUUGGGGAGAUGUGCAACCAAGGAAGCAGUAAAACAAAUCCUCCUCAAAUGAAAAACAGUAUAAAGCUUGCAGAUGCCUCAGUCUUUCCCUCCAUUUCCACAGAUUUCAAAUGGGUUUUCUGCUUUCAAAAGCAAUUGGUGUCUUCUUGUUACUACUAGCCUUUGGUCAUUGCUUUACAAUCUGAUACUUUCUCUUGAGAAUAAACUGAAUUGAUCCAAUUUCAUAAGUUCAGUUAACUUUGGACA